GAGAUCGCCUUUGGCCUCCCGGCCUUGGCGGCGGAAGGAGCUUAAAGUCAACGCUUCCGCCCAGUUCUCCCGAAGGAGGGGGCUGGGGAAAGGGCCGCGGUUCCUUCUGGGGGUUGGGGCGCCGUGGUUAAAGUUGCUUUUCCUUCUGCUCCGGAGAGGGGACGAGAGUCCUGCUCUUUCGUCCGCUUGGCUUCUUCCUUCUCAACCACCAGCUGCUGGUGACGCAUCCGCCCUCCCUCGUCUCCGGGCUGCUUUAAAAUACACCCUCCCCCCCCUUCUUUUUUUUUCCACCUUCCCUCCUCCUUCCCUCUUCCUCUCGCUCCGGGCUGAAUUAGUUCCUCUCCCAGUGUGGCGUCUGCUUGCUCCCAGAGCUCGUUUCUUCUUCUUUUUUCGCGCGCUCUGCGAUUUGGGGCCGCCGGUUCCUGUUUGUGGAGUCUGGAGGAAUUUCGGUGACUCUCCUUUUCCUUUCUGGCAGCAAGAGAGGGAAGGGCAACGGCGGCGGAGGCCAGUGUGCGGAUGAAGGACCUGCUGCAGGAGCGGGCAAUGUGGGCUUCUGUCCGGGUGCAGCUGCAGCUCCACAAGGACCUUGGUCGGGAGCUGCGCUGCAGCUGAGCGAAGGGGCUCCGCUCGUCACCGCCGCCGCCGGGAUCGGCGACGGUCAACCUUUUCCAAGCGGGGGGAAAAAAAGAAAAAGCAGAAGCUGCGAUCUGUGCCGCUGACGCCCCCUCCACCCCCUUGCAAAAGCCAGUCUGAGUCUCCGGAGGAAGGCUGCUGUUUUAACACACACACACACACACACACACCACUCAAGGAUUGAGGCCAUUCUGGAGAAAGGGUGCGAAGGGGGGCUAGAUCUGGGGUUUAACAAUGGUGGGGCUUCUGGUGAGCUCCUGCUGCGCCCUGGCCGCAUCGGUGCUGCUCCAUCCCGGUUUGGGAUCUCGGUGAGGAAAAAAUGAACGAAGAGACGGCGAAUUCUAACCAAGAUAAUAGUUAUGCCCGUGUGCGAGCUGUGGUGAUGACCCGUGAUGACUCAAGUGGUGGAUGGUUACCACUUGCAGGGGGUGGACUAAGCUGCGUCACCAUUUUCAAAGUCAUUCACCAAGAAGAAAGUGGCUGUGCUGAUUUUCUUAUACAUGGGGAGCGUCUCAGGGAUAAAACGGUGGUUUUGGAGUGUAUGUUAAAGAAGGAGCUUAUUUACAAUAAGGUUACGCCAACUUUCCACCACUGGAAGAUUGAUGAAAAAAAAUUUGGCCUCACAUUUCAAAGUCCCGCUGAUGCAAGAGCAUUUGAUAGAGGAAUUCGUAGGGCUGUUGAAGAUAUAUCUCAAGGUUGUUUGACCUCACAUGAUGAAAUCGAAGUGCCUGCAGAUGGCUUUCCAGCAAUUCCAGAAAAUACAUCAAGUUUGCUAAUGAAAGAUCCGAUUUUCCAACAUGAAUCUCUAGCAAGCAAUGAUCCUCACAAAACCUUAUGCAUAAGACCCUCGGUCUUUGAAGAUUUGAACACCAGAAGAUUGUACUUCCACAACCAGCCAAACCAGAUACCCCAGAAACCAGUCAGGAGUGUCACUUUUCAGGACGAAGAAGAAAUUGUUCGGAUAAACCCUCGUGAUAUUCUAAUACGUCGCUAUGCAGACUAUCGGCAUCCUGAUAUGUGGAAAAAUGACUUGGAUAGGGAUGAAAUAGAUUCAUCGCUGCACUGCCCAAAAGCUGACCAUAAAAAAUUGGACUAUCUCUACCCAUCCGGAGAUGGACCUAAACUGAAUUCCCUAAAAGAUUCUAAGAGUUCUGUGGUACUCAAAACACAGCCUCCUUCUAUCAAAUUGAAAAAAUCCAAAAAAAGGAAAGAGGACGGCGAACGCUCUCGCUGCAUAUACUGUCAAGAGAGGUUUAACCAUGAAGAGAAUGGCCGGGGGAAGUGCCAAGAUGCUCCAGACCCGAUUAGAAGAUGCAUAUACCAAGUUAGCUGCAUGCUUUGUGCCGAGAGCAUGCUCUACCACUGCAUGUCAGACUCUGAAGGCGAUUUCUCUGACCCUUGCUCCUGUGACACAAGUGAUGACAAGUUUUGCCUGCGAUGGCUCGCCCUCAUCACUCUGUCCUUCAUUGCACCAUGUAUGUGCUGCUACCUCCCGCUGAGAGCGUGCCACCACUGUGGCGAAAUCUGUGGAUGCUGUGGAGGAAAACAUAAAGCUGCAGGAUGAAGCAGUCCGGUGCAGAAAUGGGCUGACAAGUCUUUAUUGCUGGGAAGUAUCUAAUUCAUGGAAGCACUUGGCAUGCAGAAGGGAACACCUACCCUGUAGGAAAGACCUCUUGUGGAAGAUGUGUCAGAACUGUGUCAUUUGACCAAUGCAAGCCAUGCCUAAUCUCCUUUUUAAGCAC